UAUUAAUAAUUUAUUAAUAAUUUAUUAAUGGGAUGGGAUCGGGGAUUGUGUGAAAAGUUCGGAGAUGCGUUGGGAGUACAAUAUAGUGUAGUGAUUGUGCAUAUAAAAUGAUAUAAGAAUGCACUGUGGGAUUUUUUACACUUUCACAACAUUCGCAAGAUCCUUUCCAUCCACGCCAAUAUCGUCAGAUUAUUAUCCUUUUAUUAUUCUCACGCCAUUAAAUUUUUUAUUUUGUACCAUAAAUUUCUUUUAUUUUAUCUUGUACCAUAAAUUUUCCAAUAUCUCGUAACGUUUUCCAAUAUCUUGUAACGUUUUACAACACUGUGUAAUAUUUUGUAACAUUUUCCAACAUUGUGUAACAUUUUGUAAGAUUGUGUAAAUUUUUGUAAGAUUGUGUAAGAAUUGUUGGAUGUGUCGGAAUGAAUUCUCCGUUGAUAAGGGAGGAUACUUUAUCUGUAAUGAGUUAUAAUGUGCAGUGUAUCCCUUGGUACUUAGCGCCCGGUUAUAACAUCGGAAUUAGGGCCCGGAUCUUACCCAAAUACCUCGUAGAACUCGUCAGGAAAUACGCCGUCGACGUCUUAAUCCUACAGGAAUGCUUCGAUAGAAAUGUCUUCAACACUUUCAAACUUGCUCUACAAACUCUCCUACCCUUCUCCACCGAUCUCAUCGGACUGAAGAAUGACUGGGACAGUACUGUGGACAAUUCGAAUCGUUGGUUAAUAUUGACAAACGGUGGCGUGUGUAUAAUGUCUCGUUAUCCGAUCCUGGAGCGUCAUCAGUUGAUCUUCAAAAACUGUCGUAACACAUGUUCUCUAGCGUCUAAAGGCGCUUGUGUUGCUGUGAUUAGCAAGGCUGGCAAACGUGUCAACGUUGUGGGCACACACUUACAAGCGUACGACGGGCCUGCCAAAACCGUACGCCAAAAACAGUACAAGGAAAUUAUUCACUGGCUUGAACUUCUCAGCCGGUCGGAACAUGGAGUUUCAGAUGACGACCCGUUCAUCCUGGCUGGUGAUUUGAACACUUGCUGCUUAACUGACACGCCCGAAUUCAAGGCAAUGUUAUCGCCCAGGGAGAAGAACUUCAUCAAAUUCUCUCACACACUCGGGGAUAAAGAUCCCACCUACUGCUCAAUCACCAAUGAUUACUGCAAAAUGUGUAAUGUGGAUUCGAUAUCGAGUGUGUUUGAUUAUAUAUUGGCUGGCCCUGGUGUGCGUGUGGUACAUCCGCAAACUGUGGUUAGAGAUAAGCUCCACGCGCCAAUUAGAGUUCGCAAGUAUUAUCUACACUGUAUCGGGACCUGCACCAUGGAAACUUAUAACCCCUCAGAUCACUAUCCCGUCUACUCCAUUCUCGCAUUCUAAUAUCAUCCCUUUCUA